UUUAAACUAUCAAAAAGAUCAAACGAUGACAAUUUAUAAUUUACAUAUAUUUGACAGAAAUGGUACAUGCUUGUAUUAUGUAGAAUGGAACAGAAGAAAAUCAGCAGGGAUGAGCCAGUCAGAGGAGUUUAAAUUGAUGUAUGGUAUGAUACAUUCCAUCAAGUCCUUUGUCAGUAGGAUAUCACCAACAGACUUAAAAGAUGGAUUUUUAAAUUUUAAGACGAACAGAUACAAACUACAUUUUUAUGAAACACCAUCUGGACUGAAGAUCGUGAUAAAUACAGACCUUGGUGUUGGAAAUAUAAGAGACACUCUUCAUCAGAUAUACAGUAAUAUAUAUGUGGAAUAUGUUGUACGGAAUCCAGUUUGUGACUUAGAUAAACCAAUAACAAGUGAACUGUUUCAAACAAAACUUGAUGAAUUUAUAAGAGGACUACCAUUUUUUCCAAGUAGAAUAAACUAAUUAACUUAUUUACCCAAUAGCUAAUUGAUUUUUGAUGUGCAAUAAAUUUCAAUAUAUAAAUUGUCAUAUGUAA